AUGUCAACACUAACCUACUCGCCAUCCUUAGGCUUUGGCACUACUACAAAACUCGUGCCCACUUCUAAAAAUUACUCAAUAGAUAAUCCACUUAUUUUAGUAGUGAAAGUGAGAUCUCAACAACCAAAUCCUGGUAAACUUGCACCAGUGUUUGGUCCACUCGGAAUUUCGCCUAAAGUAAUCUCUCAGAGAAUUACUGAAUUGGUUCAGGCUUUGAAUUGGUCUGCUAAACAUAUUACUGUUAGAUUUAUUGUAAAAUCUAGGGAUAUGAUUGAUUUGGAAUUGGCAGAACAUUCGCCUCUAUUUGUUAUAUCAAAUUUAGGAGAGGCUCCAAGUGACAAACAAUAUCAUGUUGUUCAUGAUGGAAAUUUGACUUUUGAUCAAUUAAUUCAUAUAGCACAAACUAAGAAAUCUAGUAAAACAGCAAGAACAUUAACAGCAAAAGUAAAGGAAGUAUUAGGAACUUGUGUUAGUAUAGGAUGUAAAGUGAAUGGAGAAGAUCCUAGAGUUGUACUUUUACAAAUUAAUAAUGGAACAAGUCCUUUCAAAAUUCCAGAACCAAAAGAAUAA